GUGGGAGGGGGAGGGGUACAGAUAGGGGUCUGUGGGGGACGGAUCCUAGGGUCGGGACUUGGAAGGCGCGAAGAUCUGAUUCAUCUUUUUUCUCCCCGGCCAGGACACUUGCCGCUCCCCCCACGUCCAGACCGCCGGGGCGCUAACGCGAAGGACUUGUGCCCACACCCUUGGGUGGGGGGCACGGACAAGCCGGGCGCAGUUUCUGCCCCUUUAAAGGAAUCUGUCGCUGUUCGAUGAGGUCAUGCCCCAUUCCGAGCCCCGGGAUGGGCGGGUCCCUCAGAUGCUGAUUCAGGGGCGGGCGGGGCCUCCUGCGUCGCGUGGUGAUAACGUAAGCUCCUUAGCGACGAGCGGUUGCUAAGGGUACGAUGGACGCUACCUCGCGGCCGCUCCGUGUGCCCCCGGAGAUGGGCAUUUAUGCGGAAAAGCACGAGCUCUUCCAGCUCCUGCAGAACAUGCUUGAAGGGUUGUUAAUCCAUAAACCUGAUGAGCCCAUCCAGUAUAUGAUAAGCCACUUAAAGCAAGACAAUGAUCAUGUUCCAAGAAUUUGUAUACUUGGUCCACCCGCCUCUGGAAAAACCACUAUUGCAACGUGGCUUUGUAAACAAUUGAAUACCCUUCAUAUCACUCAGGAGACUUUAUUGGAAGAAACAUUAGAGCUGACAAAAGAAGUGAAGGCAUUUCAAGAGAGAGGACAGAAAAUUCCCAAUGCACUGUGGGCCAGUCUGAUCCAGGAGCGUCUGUCAAACGUGGACUGCAUCAAACAAGGUUGGAUUUUGGAAGGUUUUCCUGAAAACCGGGAUCAAGCAUGGAUGCUGCAGUCAGCUGGCAUGACUCCGAGACAUGUUGUUGUGCUGUAUGCUCCAGACACGGUGCUUAUUGAGAGGAACCUUGGGAAAAGGAUUGAUCCAUCCACGAAAGAGGUGUACCAUACCACCUUUGACUGGCCAAGCGACCCUCUGGUGCAACAGCGUUUGGUGGAGGCGGAGGGCAUAUCUGAACAGGAGACAGCAAAGCACUUGGUGGAGUAUCAUAGAAACUUUCCCAGAGUUUUCCAGAUCUAUCAGCAAAUACUAAAAUCGAUCAAUGCUGACCAGCCUUGUGCAGAUGUCUUCUCCCAGGUUCUGACCUAUAUCCGAACCUGGUGCCGAUCAGCUGCCCCCUUUACGCCACGGAUUCUCUUUUGUGGACCCCCAGGCAGUGGGAAGAGCCUGCAGGCAGCACUAAUAGCUCAGAAAUACAACAUUGUCAACAUUUGCUGCGGGCAACUGCUAAAGGAAGCUGUUGCAGACAAGACAAAACUUGGAGAACUCAUUAAGCCUUAUUUUGACAGUGGAUGGCCAGUCCCAGACAACAUCGUUUUAAAGUUACUGGCAGAUCGUCUCAACAGAUUAGACUGCAUGACUGAUGGUUGGGUGCUACAUGGUUUCCCAAAAGAUUUAGAUCAGGCAGAACAGAUGGAAAGAGCAGGAAUUAUUCCGAACAGGAUAUUUUUCCUGAAUCUCCCAUCUGAAUCUGUCAUGGAACGUCUCGCUCAGCGGAUGAUUGAUCCAGUCACAGGAGAAAGAUAUCAUGCCAUGUACAAACCAGCUCCAUUACCAGAUGUCCAAGCCCGUCUCAAGCAGAACCCUAAAGACACUGAAGAAAAUAUCAGGAUUUGCCUGGAGACCUAUUACAGGCAUGCUGGCGACUUGGAGGAGUUUUAUGAAGAUGCCUUCUACAUCAAUGCUGACCAAGACCCUUAUGUAGUCUUUGAGUAUAUAGAAAGCUGUAUUGUUAAGCCCCUUCCACAUAAGUCCUGACAUAUUAAAAACAGCAGUUUCAGCUUGUCCAAAAUGCUAGCAGGCAAUGUCAAUUAGUUGGUGACUUAAGACACAAAUUUAUGAGGCUACAUUUUUUUGCAAAAGCUAAUAUUAAUGAAAGGGAUGAUUUCCCAAAACCUUGUAAAAUGAAAGCUUGUUUGGAUUUAAAAACUUUCCCCUGCAGUGUUUGCAACCCAAACAUUGCAGUAUUGGGCUAGUGUCGGGGACCUAGAACUCAAAUGGACUGGCAUUGUCCGAAGUGAGUGAAGUGCAGAGAGUAAACAAACAACGUAAACGGUGAAAAGUUUAGCUGGUUUGAGCUCUUUGUUUUAAUAAUCCCAGCGGAUGAGACAGGAAGGAAGUUCAUUUUUUAGAAAUGAUGUUUAAACUGCCUCUCCUUUUCCAGGUGGGUGAUUCAGUGAAAAGUGUGAAAGUGUUUUCAGGAAAUAUGUUAGCAGCAGCUUUGUCUCAUGUAUGUAACACACAUGUAGCAUGCAUGUUUGGAAUAUUAAACCUAUUUACAGUGUA